UUCCGCGAAUAUGGCGGCGCCGUAGUCAGGGCGCGGGAUCCUGGGGCGCGGGGAGGCUGCAGUGCGCAGUCCGGGCGCGGUGAUGGCGACCCCGGAUCAGAAGUCGCCCAACGUUCUGCUGCAGAACCUGUGCUGCCGGAUCCUGGGCCGGAGCGAAGCCGAUGUCGCCCAGCAGUUCCAGUUUGCUGUGAGAGUCAUUGGCAGCAACUUCGCUCCAACUGUUGAACGAGAUGAAUUUCUAGUAGCCGAAAAAAUCAAGAAAGAACUUAUUCGACAAAGGAGAGAAGCGGACGCCGCACUGUUUUCAGAGCUCCAUAGGAAGCUUCAUUCGCAGGGAGUUUUGAAAAAUAAAUGGUCAAUCCUCUACCUCCUGCUGAACCUUAGUGAGGAUCCUCGCAAGCAAGCCGGCAAGGUAACCAGCUAUGCUUCCUUAUUUGCACAAGCGUUACCAAGAGACGCUCACUCGACGCCUUACUACUAUGCCAGGCCUCAGACCCUCCCGCUGAACUACCAGGACCGCAGCACACAGGCACAGAGCUCUGGCAGCCUGGGCAGCAGCGGCAUCAGCAGCAUCGGCAUGUGUGGCCUUAGUGGCCCCACGCCAGUGCAGCCUUUCCUUCCCGGACAGUCUCAUCAAGCUCCAGGCGUGGGUGACGGCCUUCGACAGCAGUUGGGGCCUCGUCUGGCAUGGACUCUGACUGGAAAUCAGCCUUCUUCUCAAACCCCUACCUCCAGGGGUUUCCCAAAUGCUCUUUCUCGGAACCCGACGAGAUCAAGGAGAGAAGGGGAUCCAGGUGGCACAUUGGAAGUUACUGAAGCUGCUCUUGUGAGAGACAUUCUCUACGUAUUCCAGGGCAUUGAUGGCAAAAACAUCAAAAUGAGCAGCACUGAAAACUGUUACAAAGUGGAAGCAAAGGCAAACUUAAACAAAUCUUUGAGGGACACGGCAGUCCGGCUUGCUGAGUUGGGAUGGUUGCAUAAUAAAAUCAGAAAGUAUGCUGACCAGAGGAGUCUGGACCGCUCAUUUGGACUUGUAGGUCAGAGUUUUUGUGCCGCAUUGCACCAAGAGCUCAAAGAAUACUACAGGCUCCUCUCUGUUCUGCACUCCCAGCUCCAGCUAGAAGAUGAUCAGGGUGUGAAUUUGGGACUAGAGAGUAGCCUCACACUGCGGCGCCUCCUGGUUUGGACAUAUGACCCCAAAAUAAGAUUAAAGACCCUUGCUGCGCUGGUAGAUCACUGCCAAGGACGAAAGGGGGGUGAGCUGGCCUCUGCUGUUCAUGCCUAUACGAAGACAGGGGACCCCUACAUGAAGUCCCUGGUACAGCACAUUCUGAGCUUGGUGUCUCACCCUGUCCUGAGCUUCCUCUACCGGUGGAUAUAUGAUGGGGAGUUGGAGGACACUUACCACGAAUUUUUUGUGGCGUCAGAUCCAACAGUUAAAACCGACCGUCUGUGGCACGACAAGUACACCCUGAGGAAAUCGAUGAUCCCUUCCUUCAUUACAAUGGACCAGUCUAGGAAGGUCCUUUUGAUAGGAAAGUCAAUAAAUUUCUUGCACCAAGUUUGUCACGAUCAGACACCUACUACAAAAAUGAUAGCAGUGACCAAGUCAGCAGAGUCACCCCGUGAUGCUGCGGAUUUAUUCACAGACUUAGAAAACGCAUUUCAAGGGAAAAUUGAUGCUGCUUAUUUUGAGACCAGCAAAUAUCUGUUGGAUGUCCUCAAUAAAAAGUACAGCCUGCUGGAACACAUGCAAGCCAUGCGGCGGUACCUGCUGCUUGGCCAAGGAGACUUCAUACGGCACUUAAUGGAUUUGCUAAAACCAGAACUUGUUCGGCCAGCAACAACUUUGUAUCAGCAUAACUUGACAGGAAUUCUUGAAACUGCUGUGAGAGCCACCAAUGCUCAGUUUGACAGCCCGGAGAUCCUUAAGAGGCUAGAUGUGAGGCUGCUGGAGGUCUCUCCUGGUGACACUGGGUGGGAUGUCUUCAGCCUGGAUUACCACGUUGAUGGACCAAUUGCCACUGUGUUCACACGAGAGUGCAUGAGCCACUACCUGAGAGUGUUUAACUUCCUGUGGAGGGCCAAGCGCAUGGAGUACAUCCUCACUGACAUCCGGAAAGGGCACAUGUGCAACGCGAAGCUGCUGAGGGACAUGCCGGAGUUCUCUGGGGUGCUUCAUCAGUGCCACAUCCUGGCCUCGGAGAUGGUGCACUUCAUCCACCAGAUGCAGUACUACAUCACCUUUGAGGUUCUCGAGUGCUCCUGGGACGAGCUGUGGAACAGAGUGCAGCAGGCCCAGGACCUGGACCACAUUAUUGCAGCACAUGAGGCGUUCCUGAACACCAUCACCUCCCGCUGUCUCCUGGACAGCAACUCCAGGGUGCUUUUAAACCAACUGAGAGCCGUGUUUGACCAAAUCAUUGAACUUCAGAAUGCCCAAGAUGUGAUGUACAGAGCUGCUCUGGAGGAGCUGCAGAGGCGCCUACAGUUUGAAGAGAAAAAGAAACAGCGUGAAAUUGAGGGCCAGUGGGGAGUGACUGCGGCCGAGGAGGAGGAGGAGAACAAGAGGAUCCGAGAAUUCCAGGACUCCAUACCAAAAAUGUGCUCACAGUUGCGAAUAUUGACGCACUUCUACCAGGGUGUGGUGCAGCAGUUUCUGGUGUUACUCACGACCAGCUCGGAUGAAAGUCUCCAGUUUCUCAGCUUCAGAUUGGACUUCAAUGAACAUUACAAAGCCAGAGAGCCCAGGCUCCGGGUCUCUCUGGGCAGUAGGGGGCGGCGCAGUUCCCACACGUGAGGCUGGCUUAGGUUAGUACAUGCUUACUCAAGCCUGGCCCCUCAGGCAGCUGCAAGCGGCAGGUGCCCCCUGUCUGCACACAGGCCCCAGUGUUCAGCACUGUGUCUGCUGGAGGAAGUCUUGUUAUCCACUGGACUUGCGUGUCUGUAACGCCGCCGAGUUCAACAGGCCACUUACCUACCAUGUAGUCUUCGUAGUUGAAAGACACUGUGAUGUGCUGGAACAUCUUAUUUCCACCGUGUAAUUUAUAUUUGUCAGUUACAACAACAUCAUCAUCAACAACAACAACAACAACAACAACAAACUGUUUCUUGCCACAAAAAAACUAGGCCAGCGGUGUGUUCAUAAAUUAAGAGUAAUGUCACUGCUAUUUUUUAGCAUUCUCUGUGAGACAGUUUUUGUUAUCAUGAUGACACUAAAAUUGAAACCUGUCUCUAAGAGAACCUACAGGCUUCAGUGUUUGUAACACUCACCUGCGUGAGGCCAUCACUACCCAAGCGUCAUCUCCACACACUGUCCUCUCUCCCUCCUGGAGUUUACAUUUUUAUAUUUGCUUUACUGUUUCAGAUAACAUGUAAAACAUUUCAAAGAGUGGGAGCCGUGUGGAGGGAGGUGUCCUCGGCCUGCCCGGCCGCAGGCCACCGGCUGAACCAGGCAAGGCUGAGACUGUCUUAUUUUCAAAGUUCCCAUAAGUAUUAGGAAGAAAUCAGCUUGGAUUUUGAAGGUUUCCCUUCUCCUUGCCUAUUUUUUCACUGUAAAUAUUUAUAUACUACUGACCAGAUGAUGGAGGGAACUGGUUUGUUUUUGUGUUUUUUUGUGUUUUUUUGUUUUUUUUUUUUUUAAAAAUGUCUUAUCCAGUCACAUAAUUAUGCCUUUUUUAUGUUGCAUAAAUGAAAACUUAGAGAA